UCGAUGAGUGAAUGUCAGUCUCUGUUAUUUUUUUCAAUCACGGUUUGAUGGUUAGUUAGAAUGCGACAGUUUGCAGCUAUCGCAGUUACUGCUGAAUCAGUUGGUCAACCUUUUUUUCUUUUUGGUCUAGGCGCAGGGCUGGUGUCCGUCCUGUCUGCGUGACUAGUGAGCUUGCAGCAAUACAGCAGCGGAACAUAUUCAGAAGCGAUUCGUGACGAUGAGAUCUCUGUCAGAAAGUGCCUUUCGGAUGCCAGUGCUAACCCAACAACGCUGCUCGCUGGUCCAUGUUUGCAUCUGACGCCAGCACUGCUUUUCCAGACCCCGGCUCAGACAGCGAUCCCUUGCCUGCAAAUCUUUGGUCGCCCCAUCUCAAUCCAUCUCUGAGGGAACUCAAGCAGAAAGAUUUACAGAGGAGGUGGAGGAGUUGCCAAUGUGGAAAAAGCUGACAGUGACAAAAAAACAAAACAAAAUCCCAGCUCACAAUGGUCUGUUAGCACCAAGGUCUCUCUAAAGUGACACAUUGGCUAUACUCAUAAAAAAUUCAUGAUUGUUUGCUAAUCAGUGCAUUGCCUCUGAUGCUUUGUCUAUGCGUUGACUGCGCUCACUGGGCAUGUAUCUGUCUCAUGAAAGUGCUCUUUUAACAGAAGGAAAUCACCGACAACCUAUUCUCAGUUGACUCUCAGUACAGAAGACCUCUCAUCUAUCUAGUCACGUUGCCAGCCACCAAUGAUCUGAGGCAUCAAAAGAUCUCCCAGUGGUUAGAAUUCUCUCCUAGACUCCUCGUUGGUUGGUUGCAUCCAAAAAAGAGUCCAAACAACUUCAUCUCAACAGGCUACUGCUAAAAGUCAGACCUUCCUACUGCUAUGGCUUUCAACCUGACUUCAAUACGGGACACAAAAUGGCUGACUUUAGAAGUGUGUCGGCAGUUUCAGAGAGGGACGUGUUCACGUAGUGAUGAGGAAUGCAAAUUUGCACACCCACCAAAGAGCUGCCAGGUGGAAAAUGGAAGAGUUAUCGCCUGCUUCGACUCACUGAAGGGGCGCUGCUCACGCGAGAACUGCAAGUACCUUCACCCGCCAUCCCACCUGAAGACACAGCUGGAGAUCAACGGGCGCAACAACCUGAUUCAGCAGAAGACGGCGGCCGCUGUGCUGGCCCAGCAGAUGCAGUUCAUGAUCCCCGGCACCAGCAUGCCCCAGCAUGUCCCCACAUUUCCAAUGAACCACCAGGGUCUGGGGAGCAGCCCUGUCAUCAGCUACGCUCCUUACAUCACGCCAGUGAGUCACGGCAUGGGGCUGGUGUCCACGGAGAUGCUCCCCAGCACCCCUGUCAUCAUGCCUGGCAGCCCGCCCGUCACAGUCCAGAGCACCUCCGCAGCCUCGCCCACCCAGAAGGUUCUGCGCGCCGACAAACUAGAGGUGUGUCGUGAGUUCCAGCGCGGCAACUGUGCGCGCGGGGAGAUGGACUGCCGCUUCGCCCACCCCAGCGACAGCCCCACCAUCGACACCAGCGACAACACCGUCACCGUCUGCAUGGACUACGUCAAGAGCCGCUGCUCCCGCGACAAGUGCAAGUACUUCCACCCGCCGGGGCACCUGCUGGCCAAGAUCAAGAGCCCCCACCAGCUGGCCUCCCAGAGCCAGGCCGCCGCGGCCGCCGCUGCUGCUGCUGCAGCCAUGACUCAGUCGACUGCCAAAGCAGUGAAGCGACCCCUCGAGACAACUGUAGACCUGGCUUUCCCCCAUAGUGUCUUGCAGCCGCUACCAAAGAGACCAGCACUUGAGAAGAGCAACGGGGCCAGCGCUCUGUUCAACCCCAGUGUUUUGCACUACCAGCAGGCUCUGGCCAACGCUCAGCUCCAGCAGCAGGCGGCCUUCUUUCAGACCGAUAAUCUUGAAAUAGCUAAUCCGCAAGGAACGGAGUGUCAUCACGCUGCACUUAGAGGUCCACCACAGCGCCUCUGUAAAUAUAACUUAUUCUUCACACAAGAUCUGCAGCAACCUGCAUGCUAAGACAAGAAUUAAAGAAGCAGUCACCUUUUUUCCUUACAGUAAUACCGACUUCAAAUGUUAAAUAACUAUACCAAUAAGAGUUAUAUACAUACUACUAGAAUGACUACUAGUGUUACGCUAGUACAUUUAUUUGACACAAUCAAAACUAUUGUAUGUACGUACACACAGAACUUGUGAAUGUGGAGACUUUUCAUGGAAAUGUGUAACCUUGAUUUUUGUUUUUCUUUUCAUUUCUUUUUUUUUUGGUUUGUUUCAUAUUUGUUUUUGAAAUGUGUACCAAGGAAAACAAGUUAUUUUGCACUUUCACUAAAACGACAUGACUGGUGUUUAUGCAGUA